AUGACCUUCCACCCAAACAGAACUUGUUUUCGCUGCAUGCUUAGGCAGUCUCGAAUUCGUACAUUACUAGUUAGCAAGUCGCGAUGUCAGCCCUUUUCUUCAUCUCUAUCGCUGGGAGUAGCGGCUGAGAGCUCCAGAGCAGAACUUGAGUCCGCAAAGAAAUACUGUGUAGCUCUACUCCAAAAAUACGACCGGCCGUCGUAUACCCUGAGCACAUUUAUCCCUCAGCAUACCCUUCAUUUAUAUCUUGCCCUGCGUGCCUUGAAUGUGUCUCUGUCUUUAAUACCCGAUAGCACAUCCAAUCCUACGAUCGGCCUCAUGCGCCUCCAAUUCUGGCGGGAGACUAUUACCAAAACACUCGCUGGAACACCCCCAAAAGAGCCGGUCGCUUUGUUUCUCGCCAAUGCCCUUUCUGACCUCGAUGUUAGAACUAAAGGGAAGGUGAAAAUUAACAAAGGAUGGCUAAUGCGAUUGAUAAAGGCUCGAGAACAGCAUGUUACCAACACCCCCUACACAACCCUUGCUUCUCUAGAAAAGUACGCCGAGAAUACAUACUCGACGCUUCUUUAUUUGACACUCAGCGCGCUUCCUCUUUCAUCUUUAACUGCGGAUCAUUUAGCGUCUCAUAUUGGAAAGGCGGCUGGAAUCUCAUCUGUUCUCCGUGGAUUGCCGUUAGUUGCGUUUCCUCGCCCUCCAAAUCAUCAUUCAAAUCAAGAUGGUACGGGCAGCAAAGCUACAGGCACUCACCAAGGCCAUAUUACACUUCCGUUAGAUGUGAUGGCUCAAUCAGGGGUAAAGGAGGAAGAUGUGUUCAGACUUGGCGCAGAUGCACCGGGACUCCGGGAUGCUAUUUUCACUAUAGCUACGCGUGCAAGUGAUCACCUGAUUACUGCUCGACAAAUGCUCAAGAAUCUUCGUGCAGGUGAGGAUGUUGGACACGAUUUCGAACAUCAGGGAGAGGAAGGCCACGAAUAUCCUGAGCAGCUGAAAUCGGGCGAUCACCCAGAAGGGCUGAAACUAAGUAUGCAACUUCACGAAGUUGAACGAGGUUUCGGCGUCCUUAUGCCAGCCGUUCCUACACAGCUUUGGCUGGAUAGGUUACAAAAAGUCGAUUUUGACAUAUUUAAACCAGAACAUCUCUUGUCGGACUGGAGAUUACCCUGGAAGUCAUAUUGGGCAUUCCGGCGGAAAGUUUUUUGA